AUGGAGAUCGAGGCAAUCGGAUUUUACAUCUGUAUAUUUAUUCUUCUUGGUCAGUCAUCUGCAAUUCGUGAAAUCAGGAACAUAGACCUUGAUGAGGACGAAGAAAUAGAAAUGACGUCGCCAGGCUAUCCCGAUAAUUUCGAUCUCAACGUCGACUACCUGCUCCUUGUCUCAACAAGUCGCGGUCGAAACAUCCAUGUCGACUUCACCGAAGUACUCCUCAGAGAAAACAUCGAUUUCAUCUACGUCGGCGAUGGCAGUAGCAUUGACGAAACGACUAUCCUCCUCAAUCUAACCGGGCGCGAUUCCGUAUCGACCAGUAUCGUAUCGCAUAGUAAUGACCUCUGGAUAUGGUUCACUUCCGGGGGACAGGGGGAUAUCCUUGCAGAAAGACGGUUUAAGUUUAAAAUGAAAGAGACUCGACGAAUCUCUCUGGAUGGAAUUGUUCCCGUGCAAAUAACAUCCAAAAAUUAUCCCUCGGACUACCCAGACGACUGCCACCAACUGUGGUUCGUGUCCUCCCCGAGUGGGUCCCGAAUUCGAAUCCAUUUCACCGACUUCGCCACGGAGAAGGAGGCGGACUACCUGACGAUCGGCACCGACUGGGAAGCCGUGGGCGAUGGCGCGAAUGUCCUGGUGCGGUACUCGGGAGAAUUUAUUCCAGAUGACGUCAUCACACCGGUCGGAGAUGUUUGGAUUGAGAUGGUGACGGACGGACGGACAGAUGACGACGGUUUUAAGAUGACGCUUCAAUCAACGAAGCUAGAACCUACACUCUACAAUUUUCUUCCCGGGUUUCAAAACUUUAACCUCAUUUCACCCGGAUAUCCCGACUCCGACUAUCCGAACGACGCGGAUAUAUCCUGGAUAAUAACAUGCGAACCGGAAUUCAAGUUGCUUUUCAUGUUCGACAAGCUAGUUACCGAAUGGAGAUCCGAUGCCUUGACGCUCGGCAGUGGGACCGAUCCGGAUGAUGACUCGACAAUGCUGUAUGAGUUUUCCGGUGGGGCUGACGGAGAGGUAGCUUUCACCGAUUUUAAUGAGAUGUGGGCUAGGUUUACGUCCGAUUGGUUGGUGAAUUACGACGGAUUUUCUCUCCAGAUUUACACUAUUGAGGAAGGUGCUGAGGAAAGACGAAAUAUAACACUCACAUCGGAGGGACAAGCCAACAUCUUUUCCCCAGACUUCCCCGGAGAAUAUCCAUCUGAUUCUGACGAAAUUUGGACCAUCACCGCACCCAACAAUCAUCUCACUGUCCUACACUUUGAGGUAUUCGCCUUGGAGAGCGUUCGGUUUGAUUCGCUAACUAUCGGAACUGGCCGGCAACCCUCGGAUAAUGACUCGGAAGUGAUCGGCGCCUUCGGCGGAAGCGCGAUACCCGAUGAUAUCGAGUCGGAUAGUCCCAAUCUCUGGCUCCGGUUUGUCAGUGACAGUUCGAUUACUGAUAAAGGAUUUUGGAUUGUAGUAACUACAAAUCUUAUUGAAACGACGUCAACUCUAGUGAGCACAACUUCUGAACACGACACCCGUUCAAGUCUUGAUCCUCGAGCAACGACAGACGUUACGACUGCGAUUCUUUCAACAUCUCCGACCCUCUACUCAUCGAGAAAUCCGACAUCGCCUCCAUAUCCGACUCACACUCAAACAGGAGAACCCGCAAUUCCUCCAUCUGAAAAUCCGGCUACUGCCCCAAGGACCAAACCAACGCAAAGCACUCCAUCUGAAGAUCCCAGUUCGACUCGUAGUCUUGCGCCCUCUACGAGCAGUGACAGAAGUUCGGCGUCGUCUGCUACGGAGUCGAAAUCAAGCACGACUUCGACCGGGAGUACAGACCCGGUGGUACCCGGAUCAAAUGCCCCACGAGCAGGUAACAAGAAAGUUGUUGUGCCGACUGUAAUCAUUUCGAUGUUCAUCCUUGCUAGUGUGUUGUUUCUUCUUGUGCUAUGGCAAGUUCGACGAACGAGAAAUUCCCCUCUCCUGGUCGAUGAAAAAGAUUUUGACAAAGACGAAAACCUCAACCACUCCAACCCCACCUACGAAUACCAGACCAUCGACCACAUUAUGCUCAACCCUACCCAUCAAUCGAGAUCGAACGGCGAUGACUCAAUUAAAAAGCCUCUACCACGACCUCCAACCGACAUCAUCGAUGACGACGACGACCACAGGUAUUCAACUUACAUCGAAACAAUGAGUGGGGACGCGAAGCCUGAUUUCGCAUUGUACCAAGGGGAUGGCGAUGUCGUGAAGAAUCACGAUGGCGGGUAUGACGAUUUCGGUAUUGGUCAAAACGAGUACCAUCAGCAUCCCCAUAGCGGAAGUAAUAUAGCUGCAGGCUUGAAUGGUUUUGAUGAUCUUAAUCACACAGCGAAGUCGACUGACGCGCACGGAGAUAAUGAGGUGUAUCAGGAGAUACCGUACGAUCUCGAUACGACAGAACCACGGCGAUCGGCCGAUUUUGGGACGGAUAAAAUGGAAGUGAGUGAUGUAUCAAAAACGUUACAAAGCGAUUGCGUGGAGGAUGAGAGUUUGAUUAAGAAUGAUUUAUAUAUACCGAUGGAAGAUGAACACGUUUACGAUGAAACACGUGCUGAUACAUGCACUAGGGAUGGUGCCAAUGUUGCAGGGAGAAAUGAAAUGGAAGAUAAGAUGAGAAAGAUGUCUGACGGCGCGGGUGAUGAACUGUAUGACGACACCGCGCCCUUGGACGAAAAUUUUUACCACAUCGUUAUGAGGAACGAAAGCGACGACGAGGGCAUCAACGAGCAUAUCCCGACAAAAACCACCCAGUCGGACUAUGGACGUCAGUCCAGUACGAUCAACGGAAAUAGCAACGCGGACGAAAUCCACGAUGACGGCAUCGCAAACGAAUACGCUGAGCUAGAAUCUCUUGGUGAUGAUGUUGGGGAGGAUUUCGACCCAGAGUAUCAAAUUGUCGACAGGAAUGAAAGAGAUGCCGAGAGUGACUAUGAUGACGAAAGACGUAGCGUCGGCGUAAACGGGCUUGACGAUGACGACGCGAAUGGUCAUGCCGUCAAUGAUACCGUUAUGGUUGACAACGAGUUGUACAAACCACUAAGUAAUGUCGAGACCUCAGAAGAUCCACAUGAAAAGUGCGAUCCCGAGUAUCAAAUUGUCGACAGGAAUGAAAGCGAUGCCGAGAAUGACCAUGAUGACGAAGGACUUAGAGUCGGCUUAAACGGGCUCAAUGAUGAUGACGCGAAUUGUCAUGAUACCGUGGGCACCGCUAUGGUUGACAAUGAGUUGUACAGACCACUAAGUAUCAUCGAGACAUCAGACAAUCCUGAUGAAAACAGUCAGACCUUUCAAAACGAUACUAUUAUUUAAUAGUAUUAACAUAAUAAUGAAACAUUGUAUUCUUGAUAUGUAUUUCGUUAACCAUGACACAAAUUGUUAAAAAAAAAGAAUUCCAACUUAGGAGGGCAUAUCGUAUGGAUUUGGCAGGUACGUUGAUAUACGAGGACUGAUACUCAAAUGAUGACAGAGUAAGCCCUUUCACGGGAGCGGCGCUACAAAGGAUUGGUGAAGGGACGAUCGCCCUAUAGUUCAUCAAUUAAUUAAUGAAAAAAUAAUAAGAGUAGGAGGAAAUUUAGGAAGAAAAAUAGGAAAGUAGGAAGAAGAUAAUCAAAAGAGAGCUCUGACAGGGGGCCCGUUGCAGAAAGAGUUGCGUUUAA